GUCCCGGCGUCGUCAAGACGUUGUUUUAACCUGGCUUGUCUCUGCCGGUAGUUGUGACUUAAUUCCAAGACGUGAGUGUUGCUGCCUUGCCUGGCUUAGUGGUGUGGAGGGGGAGGUGAAUAGCGUGGGAGGGCAGGAAGAGGUUUUGACAAAGACAUGGUAAUGACUCGAGGGCGUGGACGAGGAAUGAGAGGUGGCAUGAUGCGACCCAUGGGACCUGGUCCACAUUUUGGACCAAAAAUGAAGCAGUUUGUUCCACGACUUCCGUUUGACAUGGUGCUUUGUGAAUCAGCAUUCCCCAGAGUGAAGCCAGCACCAGACGAGUCUGCAUUUACACAGGCUCUUCUGAAGAGGAAUGCUGAUCUUUCUCCAACACCAGCUGAGCAGGCAGCUGUAUUGAACUUAGUCACAAAAAUACAAGCUGUGAUGGACAAUUUAAUAGUUGAUCCGGGCAAUUUUGACGCAUGCGUAAGUUCCCAAAUUGAGGAGGUGCGGCAGGUGGGCUCAUAUAAGAAAGGCACGAUGAUGACGGGACAUAAUGUGGCUGAUAUUGUUGUUAUUCUCAAGACGUUACCAACAAAGGAAGCAGUGGAAGCACUCGGAAAAAAAGUCUGUGAAGAUCUGCGUUCUCAAGAACCUCAGGAAGUACUGGUUUUAACCAUGCUUCCCAAUGACCGAGGGUUUGAGAUCAGCAACAGUGAGGCAACGGUGCGUGUGCUCGUCACCACCAUUCACCAGAACUUGCGUAAAUUGGAUCCAGAAUUACACCUUGAUCAGAAAAUUCUGCAGUCACACCUUGCUGCCAUCAGACACAGUCGAUGGUUUGAAGAGAAUGCUCAUCACUCUACGAUUAAAGUUCUCAUCCGAUUACUAAGGGAUCUUCGUGGUCGUUUUGAAGGUUUCGAACCCCUGUCACCGUGGAUGUUGGAUCUUCUUGCACAUUACGCUAUUUUAAACAACCCCAGUAGACAAGCACUACCAAUCAAUUCUGCAUUUCGACGGUGUUUACAGCUACUUGCUGCAGGGCUUUUCCUUCCUGGGUCUGCAGACACCUUAUCUGCAGGCAUCAGUGACCCGUGUGAGGGCGGUAACAUUCGUGUACACACAGCAAUGACGUUGGAGCAGCAGGACCUUGUGUGUUUAACAGCACAGACACUCUUGAGAGUCCUUUCCCAUGGUGGCUACAAGCAGAUCCUGGGACUUGAGGGCAACUCAAGUAUAGCAAGUGAAAUGUCUGUAUGGGAUGGGGUUGUCGUUUCGGCAUUAGAAAAGGCAUACGAGAAACCUCCUGAGCGACCUCCUCAGGAUGAUGACACUGAUAAUAUGGAUGCUGAUGAUGAUCCAAUGGAGACCACAGAUAAUUAAAUAACAAAAAUAAAAUACAAUUUUGUAUUCUUCUCCAACAGUUACACCUGCAUUACCUUCACCACAACUACAUCUGCGUGGCUGUCACUGCAUUUAUACCUUCAUGACCAUUACUGCAGUUACACCUGCAUGGCUCCCUCUCCUCUCUACUGCAGUUAUACCCACAUACAACCUCCCUUCCCCCCACUGCAGUUAUUCACACGAUUCCUCCCAGCUGUAAUUACACCUGCAUGAGCCACCCCCCCACUGCUGUUACAUAUAUGUGCACCCCCUCUGCUGUAGUUACACCCAUGUGGCCACUUCCCCAAUCACAGUUGUAUGUAUCUGUGUGGUCGUUCCUGCUGCAGUUACACCCACAUAGGCAGCCCCGCUGCAGUUACCCGCAUGAUAAUUCCCCCACCCAACCCACUGUAGUUACACCCGCUUCAGCAUCCCCCUGCUGUAGUUAUACCCGCGUGCCAACACCUUCCACUGUAGUUACAUGCGCUUUGCCUUCCCCUUCCCUUCCCACUGCAGAACAGCCACGUGGCCGCCAGUGCAAGUUUCACUGGUGUAACAUGUUUGAACAAAUCUCAUACAAAUUUAAGAAUAUAUUAUUUGAGAACAAUGAAAUGUACAUUGCUAAACAAAAAUGACGGUAGCAAUUUUUCUUUAUGUAUGAGUAACAUUAAAUUUUGUAAAGAAUAUGUAUAGAUGAAUUACAGAGCAUUAUGUAAUUAGAAAGUUUAUAGAGACCAAAUUCUUGGCAUUUUGUAAGGCCACAUUGUGGUGUCGGUGAUGUCCAAUUCCGGACUUAUCUUUGUCACGAGUUUUGAAACGUCUUGCCCAUUUGUGUGCAAGAAAUUAUUAUUCUUGAAUGGGUCAUUUUGUAAAUUACUUGAAUUAAAAUGUUCAAUUUUUUCUCAUAAAAAAAUUUAUUAAUGUAAAAAUGAUAAUGAUGAUAAUAGUUUGUAAUGUCAGUUAAAAAAAAAAUUAAGAAUUUUUAUAUUUAGAUUUCUGAAGCACAUCAAGUGACCAAGUGCAUUUCUGCCAGUGUGUGUCUGACCAUCCAGUCUUUAAUAAAAAAUGAAUACUGUAAGUCACAUUUGUUGAAUGUGUAAAAUGCUAAAUAUAUUUUUCAUUUUAGCUUACAAACUGCAAGACAGAAAAGUUAGUAUCCUGAUUUUUUUCUUAAGUGUGACCCUCUUGUGCUUUAAAUUAUUUUUUGUUGCUAAACAUUAAAGAUGACCCUUGAUGUUUAAACCCAGUAGGGAGGUUCGUCUACUUUGUUCAUAGUUACUUAAAAGUUUGGAUUAUAUCACUACUUGAAUUAGCUCAAAAUUAAAUACCAAGAGAGAAUUAUUACCAACUAAAUUAGGUGGAAUAUCUGCAUUGUAUAAGCAGCUGGUUUAUUAUCUGCCAGACACUAUUAUAUGGAGUGAAAUAGUGAAUGAAAUACUUUCACAUCUCUCUGUUCACUUGUAAAGUUUGCCAGCAGACAUUUACACUUUCAUGUACAUUAGUUCUGCAAUACCAUUUUAUCUUCAUGCACCUUAGUACCUAUUUACUAUUUUUAGCCAUUCCUCCCAUUCAUUACUAAAAUACAGAAUGUGUAAACUUUCCUCACUGCUGACUGCACAAGAAGUCUGGUGUGUGGAUUACAUUAGUUAUAAUGACAUACCAGAGAACCAGCUUAAACAGGUAAGUUAUACGUAAUUAAAAGCAGUAUUAGGUUUCAAGGAUGGCAAGGUUUAAUUUACUUAAUUUAAAUUAAGUUUGUAAGUCUUGUAUAGUAUUACAGUAUUAAUCAUUUUUGGAACAGUCUUGAAUGGUGGGAAUUGUUAUACAGUAGUUUAUAGUUUCAUAUGUUAUAACUUCAUCCAAAGUGCUUGGUCAGAAUGGGCAAGUGGGUAGUGACACUGGAUGCCCAUGAAGUAGACACAUGGUAGCAUUUCAGAUUGGGAUGAUUUAAUCAUACCAGACAUCACUCCAGUUGGCCUAGAUGUGGACAGUUGUAAGUGCCAAUGGUAAUAGUAGUGUACUGGUAGUCAACCAGACGAGAUACGUAUGGCUGUAAAUGUCAGGAGGUAACGAUUGACUACUCGUGCAAUCAACCAGAGGAUGUUUCUUACAAUUUUUGAGGGUCACUUGCCAUUUCAGAGGAUAUUUCUUGGUACCAACCAUAGAAAAAGUUCAGAAUCAGUUCUGCAGUUUAAAUGUGUAUGAAAUUAUUUCAUAAAAUGUAAAGUGAUUAAACUAGCAUCGUUUGAGAUAUCAAAAUGUAUGCUGAAUAACAGUGUUGCAAUUCCAGUUGGUUUGUGCCGAUGUAUGGGCAAUGCCUCCCCAAAAUAAUGACCGAUGUACAAUUUUGAAACCACAUAAGAUACAAACCAAUGUUCUGAGUCACUCCAUUGUGAUUUUCCCAAUGUGCAUAUAAGAUACCUUUAAAAGAGGAACGAUGGCAUCUGGUAUUACUUUUGGUAAUGGCCACCUAUUAAUUUGGUAUGCCAGUAAUCUCUGAAGAUGUCCAUUAUCUUCAUUGUAGAGGGUUAACUGCAAAGGUAGCUUCAAUAGCAUAUAUUAUGCCAUAAAAGAAGGGGAAAAUUAUUUGGAAAUUUAAACUGUUUGACCAUAAACACACAAAUCACAAUAGCGUGAUGCAUCAAAUGAACAAAUCCACAAGGGCUGUGAUGAGGGUUCGACCUUAUGCCUGGAUGAUCCCAGACGGUGCCUUAGUCAAUUAGGCCACGACAUUGGUCAAAAAGAGGUCAAUGGUCAAUUCUUUUGACCAUGCCGUGGCCUAGUCGACUAAAGCAGCGCCUGGGAUCAUCCCGGGCCAAGUUCGAACCCUCAUCAUGGCCCUUGUGGAUUUGUUGAUUUGUUUGACCAUUUCAUUCUAGAUUGCGUUGACAGCAAUUGACUGCCAAUUAUUAGUGCACAGUAUUUAAUAUAGUAUGGAAUACUAGUGUUAUUUAUUAAGUACAUAAUGUUUUAUGUACAAAAGCAGCGUAAUAAAUUUCUAUAACUACUCAAUUUUUAUGUAUAAUAACCAUAAAUUUAUACCAUUGAUCUAAAUUUGUAAGGUAUUUUUUUAUAUUAUUUAACAGAAAAAAACAGAAGCUGUCAGAAUAUGUGUGAUCACCUUUGAAUUUUACCAGCAGUGGUUCAUGAGUUAGUGUAUUAUACUUGUCCAUUCAUCAUUUGGGUAACCCUAACAGCAUGUCUGACUUCAUUGUAAUUGAUUUGUUAGAGGACUUUUGUGAUGUACCAGGCUUAUGCAGGCUUGAGUUUCUCCUAUUAAGCUAAUUUUAUCAAUUUGCCUUUAUAAGAAAAAUGAAAAUUCAUAUUACAUUAGUACUGCAUCCUUAAUUAAAAUGUUGGGAACCAUUGGAUAUGCUCAGAACACUGCCAGAAUAACUUGUGCGUGUUAAUGUAUAGUCCAAAAUAAUAUUUAGAUAUAUUUGAUAUUUUUUGUGAUUUGUAAAACUAAAAAUUAGUGAAACAAAGAUGUUUAGUGUGGAGACUAUGUGAUCAACUUUUGAAAAUACUUUGAAAUUAAAUGUCAAGGAUAUUUUAUGUAUGAAGAGCAUUGAGAAAGGAGAAAGUUUGUCAAACAAUGUGUGUAUUACACAAGUGAAAUUUAUAUUUAUUUUUCCUUUUCAAACUUCUCCAGGUAUGUGGAUAUUUCUAUUUCCUACAAAUAAAGUGAGUGUUACAUUAUAUAAAA